AGCGUGCGGGGUGUUCCCUCCCAAACCCAAAACAACAACAGCUGCUAAACUUUAAUGCACCUUGUUUAUGCUUUUUUCCACAAAUUAUGAAUCUUUUUAUUCUUGGUUAUUAUUUAUUUUGGUGUUAGCAUGUUUACAAGUUCGAGGAUCACUUCUGACAGCUGUUUAACUUCGGAGUGGACUAAAAGAAAGCGUCAACAAUGCUCUCAGAUAAGGAAAAGAAAAUGAUUUUAGACAUAUGUAAUCGUCUGACUCCCAUAGCUGCAACCAUUGGCGCGGAUGCACUGAACAGGUUGUUCAUCGUAUACCCAGGAGCUAAGACAUACUUCUCCCACCUGGACAUCUCCCCUCGCUCCACCCACCUGCGUUCCCACGGUGAAAAGAUCAUCCUGGCCAUCGUUGAAGCCGCCCAGGAUAUUAGUCAGCUGACGGAGACGCUGGCCACACUGCAAACCCUACACGCCUACACGCUCAGGAUAGACCCCGGGAAAUUCAAGCUCUUCUCUCACUGUCUGCUCAUCACCCUGGCCUGUUACCUGCAGGACGACUUCACAGAAGUAGCACAUGCAGCCAUGGACAAAUAUCUCUCAGCAUUUGUAGCUGUGCUGGCAGAGAAGUACAGAUGAGACUUGACUGCAGGAUUCCAAGGACCCUAAUUCAUCUAUGUAUAAACUAUUAUG